CUUUCUCUUAUAUUAUGCCACCACACAUUCCCUUUCCUUUGCGUGAAGCCAAAAUUCAAGAAAAUCAAGCUUUUCAGCCCAAUUUGAAUAUUGCUUUGGUAUGUCCUGACUGUCGAGUACAACCUCCGCACAUUGUAGAGGAAUUUGCAAGUGGGGAUCUUGUUUGUGGUGAUUGUGGUCUUGUUCUAGGAGAUCGUAUUAUUGACACUCGUUCAGAAUGGAGAACAUUUGCUAAUGAUGAAGGCGAUGACCCUUCUCGUGUCGGUGCUGCUUCUAAUCCUUUAUUAGACGGAGAUCAACUUGAUACAGUUAUUUCUCGUCGAGAUGGUGGCACAGGAGUUGCUCGUGAUCUCAAUAAAAUCCAAGGCAAGACGGCUUCACACAAGGGUGAACGAAACCUUGUCCAGGCUUACAAAGAAAUCCAAGCCAUGUGUGAUUCGAUUUCUCUCUCUAAACUUGUGAGUGAUACAGCUAAACAAUUAUACAAACGAGUAGAAGAUGAGAAGCUUUUACGAGGCAAAUCAAGUGAAGCCAUCAUUGCUGCAUGUAUCUGUAUUGCUUGCCGCCAAGAGCGUGUGGCUCGAACCUUUCGUGAAAUAUGUGCACUUACUCGUGUGCCAAAGAAAGAAAUUGGUCGUUGCUGCAAUGUGCUUAAAGCCAAACUACAAACCAAUACAAAUGUCAUGAACUCAGAAGAUUUAAUGGCUCGUUUCUGCUCCAACCUACAGCUACCUAAUUAUGUGCAAAAAUCAGGCGUAGAUUUAGUGAGGAAAACAAAAGAGCUAGGCACGCUUGCUGGCAAGUCACCUAUUUCAGUAGCUGCUGCAUGUAUCUACUUGGUGUCUUAUUUAUUUAAGCAUCCCAAAUCUACAAAAGAUAUUGCCAACGUAGCUGGUGUAUCAGAAACAACAAUUAAGGCUGCUUAUAGAUCACUUUAUUUUGAAAAAGAAAAGCUAAUUGAUCUAAGAGCGCUUAAAGACAAACCUAACUGUGAAGGCCUUAAUUUUGAUGAGUUGGUUUUACCCUGAUUUGAAUUUCCGAAGCAUUUAAAGAAAAAAAACUUCUAUACUGCAU